AGUUAGCGCCACCGUCGCACCAUGGCCUCAAACGGGCACGAGCAGGCGUACGCGGCCAGUCCGCAGCGCGACCAGCCCGAGGAGGAGGAGAUGUUGGCCGAGGAGCGUGACCUCGCCGAGGACGCCCAGUGGAAGCGCAUCCAGCAGAACACGUUCACGCGCUGGGCCAACGAGCACCUGAAGAACGCCAGCAAGCACAUCUACUCGCUGGAGACGGACCUCGAGGAUGGCCUCGUGCUCAUCUCCCUCAUCGAGGUGCUCAGCGGGAAGCGGAUGCCCAAGCACAGCAAGCGGCCCACCUUCCGCUCCCAGAAGCUGGAGAACGUGUCCGUGGCGCUCAAGUUCCUCGAGCGCGACGAGAACAUAAAGAUCGUCAACAUCGACUCCACCCACAUCGUCGACUGUCAGCUGAAGCUCAUCCUCGGCCUGAUAUGGACGCUCAUCCUGCACUACAGCAUCUCCAUGCCCAUGUGGGAGGGCGACGACAACGUGCCCGGCGAGAAGGGCCCCACGCCCAAACAGAGGCUCAUGAACUGGAUCGGCUCCAAGAUGCCGGACCUGCCCGUGAGGAACUUCACCUCCGACUGGCGCGACGGCAAGGCCAUCGGCGCCCUGGUGGACGGCGUGGCGCCAGGCCUUGUGCCCCGACUGGUCCGACUGGAAGCCGAGGAUGCCCUGAAGAACGCCACCGAGGCGAUGGGUCUGGCCGACGACUGGCUCAACGUGCCGCAGCUGAUCCAGCCCGAGGACAUGAUUGACCCGAACGUGGACGAGCUGUCCAUGAUGACGUACCUCUCGCAGUACCCCAACGCCAAGCUGAAGCCGGGCGCCCCGCUCCGCAACAAGACCAACCCCAACAGCCAAUCGGCCAUCGGCGCCAGGGUGCGCUGCUACGGCCCUGGUGUCGAACCCACCGGGCCCGUGGUGGGCGCCCCCACCUUCUUCACCGUCGAGACGUUCUCGGCGGGUCAGGGCAAGGUCGAGUGCUUCCUGGUGCGACCCAACGGCCAGAAGGAGCCGAUCGAGGCAAAGUUCAACAACGACCGCAACCUGACGUACAGCUGCUCCUACACGCCGACCUCGGAGGGUGCGCACAAGGUGAUCGUCAAGUUCAUCGGCAACGAGAUCCCCAAGUCGCCGUUCUCGGUGCAGGUGGAGGGGUACGCCGGAGACCCGAACAAGGUGACCGCCUCUGGCCCGGGCCUGGAGCCCGUCGGAGUGGUCGUCAACAAGCCCACCUACUUCGACAUCUUCACACAAGACGCCGGCAAGGGAACCCCGGAGGUGGUCAUCCUCGACCCCAAGGGCAAGCAGAACCCGGCCAUGCUCAAGCUGAAGGAGGUGAAGCAGGGCCAGUGGCGCUGCGAGUACGUGGCUGAACAGGUCGGCAUGUACUCCAUCAACAUCUACUUUGCCGCCAAGCCAAUCCCCAAGAGCCCCUUCGGCGUUAAAGUGAGCCCUGCGUGUGACCCCCGCCGGGUCAAGGCCACUGGGCGGGGCCUGCAGAACAAGGGCGUGCGUGUCGGAGAGACGGCCGACUUCAAGCUGUGGACGGAGGGCGCCGGCGACGGUGUGCCCAAGGUCCGCAUCAUCGGGCCAGGCGGCGCUGACGAGCCUGCUGAGCUGAAGAAGGUCAGCGACUUUGUCUACGAGGGCGCCUACUACCCGAAGCGCGAGGGCCGCUACAUCGUGAUGAUCACGUACGGAGGCCACGAGAUCCCCAAGUCGCCCUUCGAAGUCAACGUCGGUCCGAAGACGGAAUCGUUAAUCCGGUGUUACGGGCCCGGCCUGAAGGGCGGCGUUGUGAACACGCCGGCCGCCUUCACGGUGGAAACGAACGGCGAGACGGGAGCGCUGGGCUUCAGCGUGGAGGGCCCGUCCCAGGCGCAGAUCCAGUGCAAGGACAACGGCGAUGGCUCGGCCGACGUCACUUACAUGCCGACGGCGCCCGGCGAGUACGCCGUGCACGUGCUCUGUGAGGGAGAGGACAUUCCGCAGUCGCCCUGGAUGGCGCAGAUCAUGCCCAAGACAGACUACGACGCGAGCAAGGUGAAGGUGUACGGCCCUGGAGUCCAGAAGGACGGUGUCACCAUCAACAAGCCCACCUACUUCACCGUUGACACAACCAACGCUGGCAAGGCUCCUCUAGAUGUCUCGUUGAUGGACGAGAAUUAUCAGGCGGUGCCGAUUCGCGUGACGGAGAAGUCGCCGGGCGUCUACAACGUGGACUACACCAUCACCUCUAGCGGCAAGCAUACUGUCCAGGUGAACUACGGCGGCGUGGCCGUGCCCAACUCGCCGUUCCGGGUCAUGGUCACCGCGCCCGUGGACGCCAGCAAGGUGCAGGUGUUCGGCCCCGGCCUGGAGCCGGGCGUGCGCGCCCAGACGCCGACGCACUUCAACGUGGACGCCCGCGACGCGGGACCAGCGGAGCUGCGCGUCGGUCUAAAGGACAGGCAGACGGGCCGCGAGGUGCCCGUUCAGCUGACCGACAACGGCGACGGUACCAUGACGGCCGACUACUCCUACCCCAAGCCAGGCCCCUACACGCUGAACGUCACCUACGGCGGCAAGGCCAUCCCGCAGAGCCCUAUUGACAUCGAGGCCAAGCCCAAGGUGGACGUCUCCAAGAUACGUGUGGACGGCAUAGAGCCCACGGCCUUCCUCAACUCGCCGUCGGACCUGGUGGUGGACGCGAGAGCGGUGCCAUCGGCCCGGGACGGUAACGUUACGUGUCCGAUCACGGCGCCGUCGGGCGCGCCGUGCCCCUCGUACGUGGAGCCGGUCGGAGACGGCACCUUCAAGGCCACCUACACGCCCACCGAGCCCGGCCCGCACAAGAUCGAUAUCGCGUACGAUGGCGUGCCCGUGCCGGGCGCGCCCUUCAAUGUGACGGCCAAACCGGGCUGCGACCCGCGCAAGGUCAGCGCCAACGGGCCCGGCCUGUUGCGCGGCAUCGUCAACAAGCCCAACACCUUCACCGUCAACACGCGCGGUGCGGGCACGGGCGGCCUGGGUCUGGCGGUCGAGGGCCCGUCUGAGGCCAAAAUGUCCUGCGUCGACAAUAAGGACGGCUCGUGCACGGUCCAGUACGUGCCCACGGAGCCCGGCGAGUACGACGUCAACGUCAAGUACGCGGACCAGCACAUCCCCGGCUCUCCGUUCAAGGUGCCGGUGGAGUGUGAGGUGGACGCUGACAACGUGACGGCUCACGGACCCGGCGUGGAGCCGGAGAACUGCCGCGCGAACGUGCCGCUCUCGUUCACCGUCGACGCCACCAAGUCGGCGCCGGCGCCGCUCGCUGUGGAUGUGAAGAGCGACAAAGGCCCGCUGCCGCGGAAGCCGGUGGUCCGGGACAACGGAGACGGCACCUACAACGUGACCUACCACCCGCCGCCAGAGGGCAGCGUGUGCAUGCCGCGGGUUACCUGGGGAGGCAAGGACAUCAAGGGCAGCCCCUGGCGCAUGCCGGUCAAGCCCACCUGCGAGCCGAACAAAGUGCGGCUGACCGGUCCGGGCGUGUCCAGCAAGGGCGUGCCGGCCUCUCUGCCGGCCGAGUUCACCGUCGACGCCCGCGACGCCGGCUUCGGCGACCUGGAGGCGCAGAUCCUGGGGCCGGACAACUACCCGCGCAAGGUGGAGAUCGCCGACAACGGCGACGGCACGUACACGGGCCGCUAUACGCCCGACGACUGCGGCCAGUACAAGGUGCACGUCAAGUACGGAGGCAAGGAGGUGGCUGGGUCGCCCGUGCCCGUCCAGGCCGUGCCCACCGGACAGGCGGACCGGUGCAAGAUCGAGGACGGCGACUUCCGCGACCAGGUGGUGAGCGUGGGCGAGCAGUACUGCAUCAGCGUCAACGCCAAGCAGGCCGGCAGCGGCAACGUCACCUGCCGCAUCCGCUCCACCUCCGGCUCCGGGGAUGUGGACAUCGACAUCGCUGACAACGGAGACGGCACGUUCAACAUCUACUACAAGGUCAAGGACGCCGGCGAAUACUCCCUCAACGUCAAGUUCGGCGGCCAGCCGGUGCCCAAUGGACUGUACUCGUUCUCGGCCCAGUCGGAGGAGAACGUUACACGCACCCGAACCGAGCACCUGAAGUCGGCCACCGCCACCAGCGUCCAGGAGGAGUACUACGAGUACCGACCGGUCGAGCUCAACAACAUCCCCCUGCCCACCACUGGCGGCCACGUUACAGCCGAAGUGAACAUGCCCAGCGGCAAGGUGGACAAGCCCAUCAUCGAGGACAACAGGGACGGCACAGUCUCUGUCAAAUAUGAGCCCAAGGAGGAGGGCCUGCACGAGCUGGUCGUCAAGUACAAUGGAGAACAUGUCCAGGGUUCUCCCUUCAAGUUCCACGUGGACUCCAUCUCCAGCGGCUAUGUGACCGCCCACGGCCCGGGCCUAGUGCACGGCAUCACUGGCGAGCCGGCCAACUUCACCAUCUCCACCAAGGAUGCCGGCGCAGGUAGUAGCCAGAUGCGCGGUGGUCUAUCGCUUGCCGUGGAGGGACCCAGCAAGGCGGAGAUCAGUUGCCAUGACAACAAGGACGGCACUGUAUCCGUGUCGUACCUACCCACCUCGCCUGGCGAGUACAAGGUGUCCGUCAAGUUCGCCGACAAGCACAUCAAGGGCAGCCCGUACUCGGUCAAGGUCACAGGCGAGGGCCGCAAGCGGAACCAGGUGUCGCUCGGCUCGCAGUCGGAGGUGGCGCUGCCCGGCAAGGUCAGCGAGAAGGACAUCAAGGCGCUGAACGCCUCCAUCACCGCGCCCUCCGGCCUGGAGGAGCCCUGCUUCCUCAAGAAGCUGCCCAACGACCACCUGGGUAUCUCCUUCACGCCGCGCGAGAUCGGCCAGCACCUGGUCAUGGUGAAGAAGAAGGGAGUGGAGAUCAGUGGCUCGCCCUUCAAGAUCAUGGUCAGUCCCAAGGAGGUGGGCGACGCCACCAAGGUCAAGGUAUCCGGCAGCGGACUGAAGGAGGGCAAGACGCACCAGGACAACAAGGUGCUCAUCGACACCAAGGAGGCCGGUUACGGUGGUCUGUCCAUGUCCAUCGAGGGUCCGAGCAAGGCGGAGAUCAAGUGCGACGACAAGGACGACGGCAAGCUGGAGGUCUCGUACAACCCCAAGGAGCCAGGCUUCUACAUCAUCAACCUCAAGUUCGCCGAUCACCACGUCGCGGGAUCGCCCUUCACGGCUAAGGUGACGGGCGAGGGCUCCAACACGCAGACGGAGCGCAUCAAGCGUGACAGGGACGCGGCGCCCAUCACCACGGUCGGCUCCAGCUGCGCGCUCACCUUCAAGAUGCCGGGCGUGUCGGCGCUCGACCUGAGCGCCACGGUCGCCUCGCCCGGCGGCGUGGUCGAGGACGCCUCCAUCGCCGAGCUCGAGGACAACCUGCACGCCGUCAACUUCGUGCCCAAGGAGCUGGGCGUGCACACGGUGUCUGUGCGCUACCGGGACGUGCACAUCCCCGGCUCGCCGUUCCAGUUCACCGUCGGUCCGCUCAAGGACGGCGGCGCCCACCGCGUGCACGCCGGCGGGCCGGGUCUCGAGCGGGGCGAGCAGGGCAUGCCCAACGAGUUCAACGUGUGGACGCGCGAGGCCGGCGCCGGCUCGCUGGCCAUCAGCGUCGAGGGACCCAGCAAGGCCGAGAUCGACUUCAAGGACCGCAAGGACGGCUCCUGCUACGUCAGCUACGUCGUCUCCGAGCCUGGUGAAUACCGAGUGGGAGUGAAGUUCAACGACUCGCACAUCCCCGACUCUCCGUACAAGGUGUAUGUGACGCCGGCCAACAAGGAUGCCCACCGGGUCACCGUGGGUCAGCUGCCCGACGCCGGGGUCCAGGUGGACAAGCCGAUCGUGUUCAUGGUGGACCGGAGCGGCUGCAAGGGCCAGCUGGACUGCAAGGUCGUGUCGCCCAGCGGACACGAGGACGACUGCUUCGCCCAGUACCUGGACGAGGACACCUACUCGGUUCGCUUCCUGCCCAAGGAGAACGGUAUCCACCAGCUGCACGUCAAGUGGAACAACGUGCACGUGCCGGGCUCGCCGUUCCGGCUGAAGAUCGGCAAACAGGAGGCCGACCCGGCGGCCGUGCACGCGCACGGAAAGGGCCUCGAGAAGGGCGUCACCGGCCACAAGUCUGACUUCAUCGUGGACACGUGCAACGCUGGCGCCGGCACGCUGGCGGUCACCAUCGAUGGGCCGUCCAAGGUGGCAAUGGACUGCACAGAGGUGGACGAGGGGUACAAGGUGCGCUACACGCCGCUCAGCCCUGGCCACUACUUCGUCGGCGUCAAGUACGACGGCUACCACAUCGCCGGCUCGCCGUUCAAGGUCGAGGUCGAAGGUGACGAGCUUGCGGAGAAGGGGCCCAAGGAGCAGUCGGCCGUCGUCGUGGAGACGAUUGAGAAGAUGGCCGCCAGCAAACAGGAGAAGCAGGGCCCCUCGCUGCCCGCCUUCAACUCCGACGCCGAGAAGGUCACCUCCAAGGGCAUGGGCCUGAAGAAGGCGUUCAUCGGGCGGCAGAACCAGUUUACCGUGGACGCCGGCUGUGCGGGUCAAGACAUGCUGUGGGUCGGCUGCUUCGGCCCGAAGAACCCGUGCGAAGAGGUGCACAUCAAGCACAUGGGCCGCAACCAGUACCAGGUGUUCUACACGGUCAAGGAGCGCGGCAAGUACAUCCUGGUGGUGCGCUGGGGCGAGAAGGACAUCCCGGGCUCGCCGUUCGAGGUGGAGGUGUAGGCCGGCCCGGAGCGUGCAGUGAUCGCCGCCGCCGCCGCCGCCGCCGCCGUCGCCCAGCGGCUCGUCUAACCCGCCCGCAGGCCUUCCCUCGCUCUGUCGCAGUGUCGCGUAGCGGCACCCCGGCCGUAUUUAUUGUUGCCGUGGGGCGCGGCCCCUUGUGUGGUGGACCCGGCCCCGACCAUGUGCCAAUGGAGCUUUUGCUUGCGUCCCCGAAAUUGGCGGCGCUGGGGCGCGCGGCCGGCGGGCAACGACUGGGCCGCGCGCCCCGGCCGGCCCGCACACACCCAAACGGUGGUUUUGUUUUCUUUUUGAUGACUUUAUUUGACGAGCUAGUGUCGGUUGUAUGUCAGCGCAUGCCUUAAUACACAUUAUAGGAGAUGC